UUAAUAGUUAAUGCAAUAUAUGUAUAUAUAUAUAUAUAUGUAUAAAGUUAUUAAUAAUGAUCUAUUAUCUUUAUAUUGUAUCACAAUUGAUCGUAUUAACCAACGAAUUUCAGUGACAAGUCAAUUUGUUUCUUUCACCAUAAGUGCAAUCAAGCAAUUGAAUUUGAUUCCAUUACCAGAGUUUUAUACAACCAGCAAGACGAAGCUCAAAAUGCCAUUGGGCAACCACGCUGCCCUCACUCCUUUAGAAGAUAUGUCAGCUGGAAGAGGUCAAGCAGGUGGAGGGUCUCUUCAAAAUUGUCAAAAAGUUUUUAUACAACGAGAUUAUAGCGAAGGUACAAUGGUUAAAUUUCAAACACAAUUCCCUACAGAAUUGGAAAGCAGACUGGACAGACAGUCGUUCGAGUAUACAAUCAAUCAAUUGAACAAUUACUUUGCCGAAGCAGAACGUGCCAGUUGUUCAACUUUCUGUGAGGGCUGCCUUGCUUGCCUUACCGGUUAUUUAAUCUUUAUAUGCACUGAAACACAUUAUGAAAAGUGCUUGCGGAAGGUCGCAAAAUUUGUUUGCGAACAGAAUGAUAGAGUUUAUAAGCCACGUGGAUUAUUGUUAACAGAUCCAACAACGCGUGGUCUCAGGCUAAUAGAAAUCUCUGUAUUAGACAGACCUGCAUCGUGACUGCAUGUUAGCCGAUCUACGGAAUUCUUCAUGUGACCCGCGCAUUUCUGCCGUAUUGCCAGAAUUACCGACCUACAUGCGCUGAUGAGUGUCUUUGGACACAAUUAUGCCGCACUCUGACUCAUUCAAGUUGGUCGUGCAUAAUUAAUUUUUCAUAAAAACUAGCAGAAUUUUAAACUAUAACUUGCACAAUUAUUGUAAUGAAAUUCAUGUGCAAUAAGGUUUAGCUCUCUUCGAGUCUAACUUUGUACUUAGGUUUAUUGAACAUA